UAAAUGCUCCGCCCUACAUCUUUGUAUUUUAGCUACCCCGAUUUUGAGGAACCAACUCCAGAAAUCCAGAACUGGACUCAAGGUUUUUCGUUCAAACCUGAUACAUUGCUUAUGGUGUUUCAAAUAUUUUCCAACAGAAACAUAUUUUAGGCAGACGAUUGUAAUGCAUGGCUUAAACUCGAAUCAUGAUUGGGUCUGACAUCUCAAGGUUAGGCUCAUUGGUAAGGAGUUUGUCUUUUGGGAAGAGUCUGACAUCUCAAGGUUCAUUGGUAAGGAGUUUGUGUUUGGGGCAGAGUCUGACCUCUCCUGCUUAGGCUCCUUGGUAAGGAGUUUGCCUUGACAUUCUGACUUACGAUCCCUCAGGUCUAGGUUGGCAUGUAGGAGGGUUGAUGGAGCGUUUAAGAAAACAAAAGAAAGAGGACAACUCGUGUUAUUUAGUGUUGCACAAAUCUGUUCAUAGUCUUUAGGAUGAACCUUAACAGGAAUCAUUUGAAUAUGUCACAAAACCUAUUAAAGAGGUGCCACGCCUGGUGGCAUGUCAUGGGACCUUUAAUUUUGACCUUUGAAGAGUCCGUGCAGACUUCUACGGCCCACUGCCGACAGGUGAACACUUGCUAGUCAACGUAGAUGAGUACUCCCGAUACCCUGUGGUGGAAGUCAUGCACUCCACCUCUGCGAACUCUGUUACCCCUGACAUGGACAAGAUCUUCUCGAUGCUUGGCAUCCCCGGAACGCGAAGACAGACAACGGCCCCCCCUUCGGUAAGCAGUUCGGCAGGUUUGCGGCCGGGCCUACAUGGGGUUUCAACAUCGAAAGAUCACCACUACGGCCCCAGGCAAACGCCACUGCAGAGAGGUUUAUGAGAACACUUGGAAAGUGCCUCCGUGUCGCCAACAUGGAGAACAUCCCCUGGAAGCAGCAUCUCUACACGUUCCUGCGUGAGUACCGUUCAACGGCACACAUUACAACCGCAACACCACCCACUGAGUUGCUGCUCAAACGCAGGAUACACACAAAGAUGCCUUCAGUGAGCACACCCAUCGGACUGGACAAGGAUCUUCGCAGGAGAGACCGCAAGGCUGAAGCCAAAAUGAAGGUGUAUUCGGACGCUCGCCGACGCGCUGCACCUUACACCCUCCAACCUGGUGACGUAGUGUUCAACCCAGGCGAUAUGAACUUACAACAGCUUACAAUCCCGAACCGUACAGAAUGACCACCGAAAAAGGGCUCUAUGGUCACAGCUGAGUGGAAUGGACAUCGAGUGACAAGGAGCUCCUCCUUCUUUAAAAAGCUCAACCCUGGCCUGUGUCAAGUCAAGCUUCAAGUCAAUUUUAUUUAUAUAGCACAUUUUAAAACAACAGUAGUUGACCAAAGUGCUGUGUGACACAUCACCAGCAGAAGAAGAGGAUGAAGAAGUCAGCGCAGACACAUUCCCAGUGUUGGAAAGGUACCCAGCUAGGCACCGACAGCCUCCACAGUACCUCAGCGACUUUGAUACAGCCUGAGAAAAACAGGCAAUAUGGACUGAAAAAUAAAGAGACUUUAUCUGUAGACAGGUUUGUCUGUUCUGAUUCUGAAAAUGUUUAUAAAGGCGAUUAUAUGUUCCAUAUUUGAAAUGGCAUUUGAGAAAGCACUUAAUUGAUUUAUUACACCGAAGCAAUAUAAUUGUUUACUGCACAGUGUUUAUUGUUGUUUACAGACUAAGUGGAUGUUUAGCUAUUGAUAAUUCAAAGUAACCAGAAUUGGAAGUAAAAGACAACCUUGAGUUCAAGUAAAAAAAAGAAAAAAAUGAUCUGAUGUAAUUUUCAGAUCACGCCAGUAGACUGAAUCAGUGUUAAUGUUCACAUAAGCUUGCACGUACUGCUUACAUCAUUACAUUACUAUAAGCGCCAACCGAAUGUGAUGUGUUGGUCGCGAGUUCGGAAUGUUCCCCAGCAAUAAAGCAACAUAAUGCGAAGCUCCGCUUGAUCAUUUAUAGUAGGACAAAUAAACAAUACUCAUAAAUAUCACAAGGGUUAACUUUGAACCAUGAUUUUGAGCAAUUUAACAUCCUGUCAAAGCAAUUUUACAUCCUGUCAAAGCAAUUGUAUAUCCUGUCAUAAGAUAACUCUUGAAAACGUAUCUUGAAUAUAUUGGUUAUUGGUUUUAACGUUGACUUAAUUAGCUUUUUUCAAACCCAACAAAACUAACAUUAAGGCCUUCUAUUUCAGUCUAUAGCCUUCUUUGACUUGAAGGAGUGUCAUGACACUAUAUGCUUGACAUCUGUGACAUUAACACUCUGAAUCAGUUGUUCAAUAGCCUAAACAAAACGACUAGUUUAAUUAAGUUUAAUUAUGAAGCUUGACAUAACAAGACAGUCAACUUGACAUAAAAUUAUCCAUUCAAUUUCAGCCUACCGACUACAUGUUAUAUAACCUAUUAAGGAUUAUGAUUAUUUUUGCAGUUACAUUUUUAGGAAAUUAGGAAUGUGUUGUCAUUUGACCUCAAUGUUUAAAAAAACUGUACUGUACAAUCUCAAAAUGAAGUGAAAUUUGUUCAAAGCCAGGGUGACCUUUAAUUUAAAUCCUUUUAUGUUUUAUUUAAUAUAUUCAGGAUUGAUUUAAAUGACUACAUCAAUUAUUAUAUAUUAGGAAAUUAUGAAGAUCAAACAAGGGGAAAAUGUUAAAAGGUUCAGUGUUUGGAAUCUGGCAGCAACUAGCGGUGAGGCUGCAGAUUGCAUCCAAAUAAGUACCCCUUUCGCCUCUUCCUUGUCAAAGACUACACUUCCUUAACUGCCCUGUAUAGAGUGUAACAACGUGGUUCCGGAAGUAAAAAUUCCAUUCAUUUUUUUCAUAGAGGUUUUGAAUAAAAGCCAUAAUGUCUUAACCAUACAAAGUAUGGAUAUCACGCGCCGUUAUAUUGUGAAUCGAUGGUGUAUUCUUCUGUAGAAGCCACAAGUUAAACAGGCAACAUCUAGUUUUUAGAAAAAACACGCUUUAUUCACGAUUCAUUGUACCCACUACACUAUCCAUAAAUCCAAUAUAAACAAUAGAAUAAUGGCAAAGGUUAUAAGAUGCAAGAAAUGCCCUAAACUAUUGGGUUGGAACCAUUGCCCAAAGGUUUGCAAUGGAUAAGGGGAUGAGUAGUUCCUUCACUCGUUCACAAAAAUAAUGCACACAGUCUUGUCCCUUUGCCUUUUCUUCCGUUUUCAAAAUUAUUUUUUGGCCUGAAUCAAACCUUUUGGUCACGACUUCCGUGACAAACGAUUGGCUUUGUAUAACGUCCAUGGAGAACAUUUAUGGGAAAUGUACUUCCGGAACCAGAGCUGUUCAAAAAGGGGUUGGUCCCUUUACCACAGUUUAGCACUCGGUGGCUCACUCUACCACAGUUUUUAACUGUGCUUUCAAGUCGAAGCACACCAGGUUCAAACCCUGGCAGAGUCUGUAGGGCAGAGGAUAUCAUCAUUCACAUUGGUCAACUCUCUUUCCACUGAGAAUAUAUUCUUCAUAAUAUAACUGAAAAGGAUACAAGAUAUGAAAGAUUUGCAGAUGUUAUGUUAAAGCGUAGUAAAGUGUUUUUGAAAACAUGGCCCAGUAUACAUACACAGCUCCUCUACUGCCCUGGAUCAAUUGUGAAUAGGAUGUGAAAGUAGAAAGAAAGAAAGCAGAGCCAUUACUUAUGAGUGUGUUUGUGGGGUGGUCUUGCAGAGUGCUCAAGAGGACGGAUGUGGUGUCAAUAUUUCGGAAAGGGGAAGCACAUUAACGUUUGCUCAAAAGGUCAUGUUCAUUUUCUUUUGUUGGUUAUGCCAUUACAAAGAGACUUCUGUGAAGAUAACAGCAAGGCAUGACAAUCCUUGGCAUUAAUGAGGGGGCCGUGCUGAUGCUUGUGUCUUCAGCCUCACUCAGCAUGCUAUGUCUUCUGUGUCUCAAGUGUAAAAAGAAAUCCAAAAUCAUCCAACAGGAAUCCUCGAUAUAUGACCCUCAGAUAUUCCAACGUGAAGGCAGCCGAUUUGCUGUCACACGCUCAAAGACAGUAACGCGGCCCAAUCAAAUGAAAACACAGAACCAAGAGUAUGUAUGCAACAUGAGCUCAGCUCCAUUAACCUACAAAAAUGGUUUUGUAAAACUUUAUGCAUUUAAUCUCACUCAAACAUAUGUAAUUUUCAGGGAAACUGAAGCGAGACAUUCCCAUAUCUCUCAAUCUGCAAAUGAAGAUUACACAUUUGUCAUUGGUGACCAAGAGGGCUUUGAGGCUACAUAUGUCUCCCCACUUCCAAUUGCAGUGUAUGGAAACAUUGAGGAAAUUAAACAAGCAGCAUCUGCUUCCAAUUUAUGUGACUAUGAAAAUAUUUUGACUGCUUCAUCGAUCAACGAUGAUGAGGAUUAUGAAAACUCUGAAUUCUUAAAAAACAUUGAGGAUUUAACAGAUGACCCAGACUAUGUGAAUACUCAACAGGGUGCUUGCUGAUAUGAACACCACCAGAUAGAGGAGGAAUUCUCAAGGCUCAAUAAGCAGGAGGAGCCAAACAUAGUCUCUGCUAUUCAUAGCAGAGACCUGUGGUAAUGGCAGAGAGCCUCACCGGUCAAACUCCAAUGAAAAAGGCUUACAAGAAAAGUAAAAAUAAUAAUAAAUAUUCAAUAUUUAUCUAUGAUCUUUGUAACAAAUGUAUCUUUAUAUGAUUCAUUUCAGAAAAAAAGGUGUCCAAAGAAGUGAGAAAAUCUUAACUUUUUCUGAUAUGCCAUUAGAAGAUACAUCUGUUCAUAAAUAUUUAGGAUUUCCAUUCGAUGAAUUUAUGAAUUAUGAAAAUGGAAUUAAACUCCUGGCUGAUUCAGCUGGUAGGGCUUUGGGUGUCAUUGUUAACAAGUUAAAAAUAUGUAAAGACCUUGGUUAUUCUACUUACUCUCAAUUGUAUGAUGCAUGUGUUUCUCCCAUUGUGAAUUAUGCUGCUGGGGUAUGGGGAUUUAAAGAAAGAAAAAUCUCAGAUGCAGUACAAAACAGAGCUAUACGUUGUUUUCUGGGUAUUCAUAUAUACAGUAUGUUCCCUCUUUGGCUGUUCAGGGGGACAUGGGUUGGAUUCCUACUACAAUAAGGAGAAAGUGUGAUAUGAUUAGACUGUGGAAUCGUUGUGUUAAUAUGUCAGAUGACAGGAUCUAAAUUAUAUAAUGUUAAAACCGGACGGACAUACAUCCAAAUCAAGCAUAAUUAUGAAACAGAAUUAUAUGUUAAAACAAAUUUACCAAGAAAUCAGAGAUCCUGGAUUGCCCAAAUAAGAAUGGGAAUCCUUCCCCUGGCACUUGAGGCCUGCAGAUUUAAAAAAUAUCCCAGAGGAACAGAGACUUUGUGAACUUUGUGAUUUACAAGAAGUGGAUAAUGAAUCUCAUUUUCAUUUAUACUGUCCCUUCUGUGAUGAACUAAGAGUACCUUUUGUAAAUGAACUGUUUGCUCAAAACCCUGAAAUAUUUUGGAGUAAUGAUCAUGUCAGGAUGGAAUGUUUGUUUACCUUUAAUGUUUUUUCUUUUGUUACUAAAGCCUGGAUGAAAAGUCAGGAUGGUUAAUAUCGUUAAUGUUAGUAUUGUUAAGCAUCUACUUUUGGUUUUUGGUCUGUCUAGGUUGUUUUAUAAUGGUGUCUUGUAAGCCCUUGUGGGCUGGGCAUGCUAAUGCAUGAAACAAUCAAAAAAAAAAAUGUAUAGUCAAAUUGGAGAAAUGUGCAGAGCUCCAAUGCUAAUACAGAAGAGAGAUGAUUCAGCGGUGAGCUCAGCCUCCCCUCUGAUUCGCAGUGGAGUGGGGCGAUAGGCACCUGCCUGUCACUCUCUUUCUGUAGGUCAACAAUGUUGGGCUGGUGGACCCCGUCUUCGCCUUCCAUAUUCCAGGUCAUAUAUGUCAUGUGUGUAUAAUAUAUUCAGGAUCGCUGACCUCUUCAUGGGCUGUGGAGCCCAUGAUAAACCACGAAAGACCAAUGCUGAGCUUGAGGAAAUACUUCCAACUCAUUUUUCACUGUUGCAUGAGUAUGAGUAAUGGAACUACAUGUGCAUAUAAAACAUGAAUCUAAUACGUCAUUUGCCUGUAUGCGUGAUUUUUUUAAAGAAGGCUAAUAUGAAAUAUGUAAUUCAUGGUCACCUGACCAAAAGUCUUUGUGCAACUUUGUGUUUAAAUCUGGUUCUAAUACUAUCAAGCGGCUGCCCAGCCAUUGACCUCACCGCAUGUCACUGGUAUACAGCUGGUAUGUGCAGCUGUAUGACAUAGGCUGGCCUUUAG